AUGUCCUUUGACACAACUGCCGUGAAUACUGGCCGCAUUAAAGAAUUAUGGAGUAACAACGAAGAAUAUUUAAUGAGUAAAAAGAUUGUGGACGGAUUAAAAGUUACAAAUGAUACAGCAGAAAGGGGUGUUAAAUUAAUAACAGAUUACAACUCAUGUAUUACAAAAGAGGAAGAUCAAAAAUAUCUUUUGCAAGUAAUUGCUGAAUGUCGGACAAAAUUUCCUGAAUUUCUGUCAUCAACAUACCUCAAGCCCCAAAAGAAAUUUGAUUUUCUCGAUUGCCUCAAGCAGAUGAGAAACGAACCAUGGUACUGGGGACCGUGCAAUGGUGAGGCGGCCCAAGCCUACCUGCAUGCCUGCCCCGAUGGAACUUUCAUGUUGCGAGACAGCUCAGAUGAUUGGCACGUUCUCACAGUCAGCUACAGAGUCAACAGUAGAACGAGACAUGUCAGGAUUGAUCACUGCAGAGAUAAAAUCUGCGUCAAGUAUUCUACAACGAGCACAAUGAUUUCAGUAGCGGAGUUCCUCAACAGAUUUCAAGAUUACUAUUCAAACUAUUUUGCCAGAAGCACUUCAACAAUUCAGUUUGCUAUUAUAAAUGAGAAACAAUUUAAAAUAGCGCAACAACAGCAGCAACAACAACAGCAACAACAUUACUUCUACAUGACCAAGCAGAAGCCGCAACAAACACAACUUCAGCCGCCAGCUAGCCGCCAACCAAUCAACGGCGAUGGAGCACAAUCCUACAUUCCUCUUCUCUUCCCAUUAAUGAAACAUUCCAUCGUGGGUUCUUUGAAAAGUUUGUGCAGGACAAAAAUUGUUCAGAUCUUCAACACGUACCAACUCCAACUCAACAAACUCAACAAAGAACAGAAACAGCUUGUUAUGGCAUGUCUUGUGUGA